UCAACAUGAAUUCAUAUUUCAGAAUUGUAGCGUUUAGAAAACAUACACAUUAUUUCUUACAAAGAUGUCCCUGGUAAUUAUGUCACGUGAGAACAUCUGUGAAAAUUAUUUUGACUGGCCUUGAAAAUGAAGGUAUAACAAUAUGUGACAAAAUCUUAAGUGUGUAUGCUUGUCCAGCUUUCAGGUGAAUUUCGAACGCUCUACUUAGCGGCUGGUGAUGUAAAGUUAAUAGGAGAGAACGGGCCACUGAGGAUCUACGUACGUUAUGUUCUAUAUUACAAUAACUACAAGGAAAUGCGCAUCACUUUUUACCUCAGGCAAAAGGAUGGAUGCCGACUGUAUGCAGUUCUGGCUAAAAAGUUAGUUUCUGCCACAUUCAUCGCAUUGAGUGAUCCUACAGCAACAUGGACCAGAAGCCAGGGUGGAGAUCCUUAUAUUACAGGAUUGUGGAUGUUUGAGAAUACAUUUUCUACUCUCCCAGAGACCUGGGUUCAUGUACAAGGAGAUGGAACUAAAGAAUCUGGUGUUUUUUCCUUUUUAUUGUAUUUUGUAUCAAGUACCCACUUCAUCAUGUACAUGAAAUUUGUUGAAAAGAAUGGAAAUGUAAGAAAUUUGAGUGCAGUGUUCUCAAAAGAAACCAGUCUAAGCAAAGAAUUAUGGGACUUUUAUGUCACCGUGACCGAUCAACUUGGAAUUCCAGUUGGAAAUAUACAAGAUAUCCUCAGAUAUGACACCUGUCUGCAAUGAAGAUAUGGAUUUGGCUGCAAAACUGAGACAACUUGCUACAUAUUUGUCCAUGGCAUCAAAAUCACAACUUAGAAGUUGCAUCCAUCAUUCAUUCCUGAUGGUCUAAGGACUUGAUUCUGUAGUUCAUAUCCUUACUCCAGUGCUUUAUCUCAAAUUUCUGCCCUUGACAUGUUUAUUCCACGCUCUUUAUCUGUCAUUCAGUGAAUAAAGUUCUUCUC